AUGGGUAAUACAGAUUCUAAAGUUGAUUUUCGUGUAGCCGUUGUGCAGCUGACGUCUCGUAGUCAACAAAUUGAAGAUGAGUCAUUUUGGGAUCAAUUUUGGUCAGACAAAAUCUCUAGUGUACAAGAUAUUUUUGCAUUAAUACCCGCAGCUGAGAUACGUGCAUUAAGAGAAGAAACACCAUCGAAUUUAGCUACAUUAUGUAUUAAAGUGGUUGAUCGUCUAGUACUAGCAGCUGAACAUUCUUGUCAAACUCAGCGUGAUCAGGUUGCAGCUAUCAAUUGUGUUCGAUUACUGACACGUUUACUACCGUAUAUCUUUGAAGAACCAGAAUGGCGUGGAUUCUUUUGGUCAGAUAUUCCAAACAAACAGCCUCAAAAUGCACGAAACGAAAGUGGAGAUUUUUCCAGUAGUCAGCCAUUAGCCGAACGUCUGCUUCAAACAUUAUCGGACUUAUUGUUCUGCCCUGACUUUACCGUUGCCUCGAAGAAGAAAAAAGGACCUGAAAAUCCAGAAGAUAUUCAUACAAUUGAUAGUUGUGAAUAUAUUUGGGAAGCGGGUGUUGGAUUUGCUCAUUCACCAACGCACUAUCCACAAAAUGAUCGAAAUCGUGCCGAAAUAUUAAAAUUAUUAUUGACAUGUUUUUCCGAGGCAAUUUAUAUGGCGCCCUCAAUUGAUCUUCAUUUGCAACCGAAUAAAUGGCUGACAUAUUUUACGUCGGGGAAUAAUAGACAAACAUUACCAUUGUUUACAUCAUUGUUGAACAUCGUAUUUUCCUAUGAUCCUGUUGGUUAUUUACCAUAUAAUUAUCUUUUAUUUACUGAUACACGUGAACCAUUAGUUGAAGUUGCUGCCCAAUUGUUGUGUAUUGCGCUUGAUAAUACGGCAUUUUCGGAUGGAAAUAUAUCGUCAAACGCAGAUUAUAUGUCAUCAACAACAACAAAAACUAUUGUUUCUCCAAAUAAUCAAAAUAUAUCAAAUUCAUUAAACUCAACGUCAUCAUCUUCAGAGGAUUGUGCAAAUUUAUUUGUUAAUUAUUUAUCAAGAAUUCAUCGUGAUGAAGAUUUUGCAUUUUUAUUGAAAGGUUUUUGUCGUUUAUUAAAUAAUCCGUUGAUACAAACUUAUCUACCUGGUUCAUGUAAAAAAAUUGGCUUUCAUCAAGAACUAUUGAUAUUAUUUUGGAAAUUUUGUGAUCGAAAUAAAAAAUUUCUUUAUUACGUACUCAAAAGCAGCGAGGUACUUGACAUUCUGGUUCCUAUUCUUUAUUAUUUAAAUGAUGCACGAUCAGACUCUUCCAAAGUUGGUUUAAUGCAUAUUGGAGUUUUCAUUCUGUUAUUACUUAGUGGUGAACGCAAUUUUGGUGUAAGAUUAAACAAACCGUAUCAGACUCGUGUUCCAAUGGAUAUACCUGUUUUUACUGGUACACAUGCUGAUUUUCUCAUUAUUGCUUUUAGUUCACCAUGGUUUCUAUUCUCUGCGUCGGACAAUCAUCAUUUGGUAUUUUUUCUAUUGGAAGCAUUUAAUAAUCUAAUACAGUAUCAGUUUGACGGCAAUGCCAAUCUUGUUUAUACAGUUAUUCGAAAACGUCAAAUAUUUUUUUCGCUUAGUAAUUUAGCAACUGAUUCACAUUCCAUAAGUAAAUUAUGUUCAAAAUCUGUUACGAAUAGUGGUGGUGGUACUAAUAUUACUAGUAAAAAAGACUCGCAAUCAUCUCAGCAAGCAUUGGGAACAACAAUCAGUGUAUUUUCUCCAUCGAGAUCAUCAUUUACUUCAGAUGGGGAAUCAAUUAGCAAAGAGCAACAAACUACUACUGCAGCGGGAAGUAACAAUAGUAAUGCUAUGACAACAACGCUAGCUGAAACACCUUCUAUUCAUAAAAUGACUGAGCGAACAUUGGCUGCAUCUUCAAGUUUUGAUCAACCGUCACCAUCAUCAUCGCCGAAUGAAAAACAACGGACAUCUUCCACUACGAAUGGAUCUUCGAAUGAAAAUAUUACGUCCUUAUUAAAUAAUAAAACUGAUAACAGAGUACUAGAUCAUUCACGAACAUCCUCACCGUUAUCAGUUGUUAGUCGUGAAGGAAGUGUAAGCAUGGAAUGGACACCAACGCCAGAAUGGGCACAAAGUUGGAAACAAAAACUACCGCUACAAACAAUAAUGCGUUUAUUACAAGUAUUAGUACCACAAGUUGAAAAAAUAUGUAUGGAUCGUGGUUUGACUGAUGAAAGUGAAAUAAUUAAAUUUCUGCAACAUGGUACAUUAGUGGGAUUAUUACCAGUACCACAUCCAAUACUGAUCAGAAAAUAUCAACCAAAUUCUGGUACUGUUAUGUGGUUUAGAACAUACAUGUGGGGCGUUGUUUAUCUCAGGAAUGUGGAUCCACCAAUAUGGUAUGAUACCGAUGUAAAAUUAUUUGAAAUUCAACGUGCUUAA